AUGGAGCGCAUCCAGUGGCCUGUACAGGACCUGCAGGAAGGCUGUGAGUGGACAACUGACCGGAUGGACAAUUUUGCCAUUUACUUUGGCCACGUCUUGUGCAACAGUUUCUACCCGGUGCUGCAACGAGCCAUCGGGGUGGGCAGUGCCUUCGAAGGUUGGAGUCCCCGUGAGCAGGAUGUUGUGUACCGUGUGCUGGUAGCCAUGAAUCCUCCCCGAGGCCACUCCUUCCAGCUGGAGCUGGACACUGCGGGGCAGAGGCGCGGGAGGAACUUCCGCGUCCGCGUGCAGCUGGAGUGCACCUGCAGCAGGGAGCAGCAGGGUGAGAACAUGCUGUGCUUCCUGCACCAGCCCCAGGAGGUGCUGAGGAGCAAUCAGGAUGCCAGCCUCCUACACACCCUGUGCACCGGCUCCUACCUCGACGUGCAGAAAACUGCCCGCUGGUUCUACCAACUGGUGAGAGCAAUCUGGCCGGCUUUGCCUCAGUCCCACAAUUGGCAUUUAGUGCUGCUGCCCUCCAGACGCUCCUGCCAAUUCCAGGUGAGCAACGGCGCAGCAAGCUUCCGCAUUGAGGUGCUGUUUGGGGUGCGGCAAGGCGACUCAGACAUCUUUGUGAGCAGCCAGCCUAGGGAGGCCUCCAAAGGCGACUCAGACAUCUUUGUGAGCAGCCAGCCUAGGGAGGCCUGCACGCCAAGCACAACAUGGCCGGAAAGCUACGCCGUGGCAGAGAUGAAGUUCUUCAAGUGCAUCGCCAGGCGGGCCCCCCCUGACAGCUUGCACCUCAAAUGCCUGCAGUUCUUCAGCUGUCUGCAGCUGGGCUCCGGCUUUUCCACCUACACCAUCAAGACCAUUGUCAUGCACCUCCUGUCCAUCAUCCCCGUGUCACGGUGGCGCAGGAGAGAUUUUGUCAGGCGACUGGUGGAUAUCAGCGAGGACCUGCGCUUCUGCGUGCAAGUGAGAUGCCUCAACCACUUCAUCGUGGGCAACCGGAGCCUUCCUGGGGAGAUCAAGGUUCCCCCAGAGAUAUAG